AUGAAUAAUGAUGUUAUAAGGCGAGCUGAUCCUACAGACUUUUACAAUCUAAUUCAAACUGUAGGUUCUGGUACAUAUGGUGAAGUAUGGAAAGCAAAAGAAAUAAAAACGGGCUUAAUAACGGCAAUUAAAGUUGUUAAACUUGAAGCAGGAGAUAAUUUUGCUGCAAUUCAACAAGAAAUUUAUAUGCUUAAAGAUUGCCUACAUCCUAAUAUUAUUGCAUAUUAUAAUAGUUUUUUAAAACGUGAUAAAUUAUGGAUUGUUAUGGAAUAUUGUAGUGGCGGGUCACUUCAAGAUAUUUAUCAAUUAACUGGACCAUUAAAAGAACAACAGAUAGCAUUUGUCUGUAGAGAAACAUUAAGAGGAUUACAUUAUUUACAUUCAAAACGACAAGUUCAUAGGGAUGUGAAAAGCGCUAAUAUUUUAUUAACAUCUAAAGGGGAUGUUAAACUUGCUGACUUUGGGGUAGCUGCUCAAAUUACAGAGACUAUUGGAAAGAGAAAAUCUUUUAUUGGCACACCAUAUUGGAUGGCACCAGAAGUUGCUUGUGUUGAGAAAAAAGGAGGAUACGGAAAUGAAUGUGAUGUAUGGUCAGUAGGAAUUACAGCAAUUGAAUUAGCCGAAUUACAACCACCACAUUUUGAAUUGCAUCCAAUGUCGGUUUUAUAUAUGAUGACAAAAAAUAAUUAUAAACCACCACGAUUAAAAGAAAAAGAUAAAUGGUCGCCAUUAUUUCAUGAAUUUAUAAAAUUAUGUUUAACAAAAAAUCCAAAAAGGAGGCCAUCUCCUGAAAAAUUACUUGUUACGUGUAAUUUUGUAAUCGGUGAAUUAUCUUCACAUUUAACAAAAGAAUUACUUGAUAAAGUUAAUAAUCCUUCAAUAUAUUAUAAAAAUGAAGAAGAUCACAUGAUAUCACGAAUGUCAACAAUUUCAAUUCGUGAUGAUAGUACAUUAGAAUUAUCUAAUAAUCAAUCUAUUAAUCAAGGAAGAUCAAAAUUAUCAUUUGGAACACCUAAAGUUAACCCAACUGAACAAGAAAUUAAAAAUGGUUAUUGUAAUGAAAAAAAUUUAUCAAGUAGAUUAUCACAACCAGAAUUAAAAGAAAAAUGUGAAGAUGUUGAAAACAUACAAAUACAAUACUCUUCAACUCCUAAAUUUUUAAAUAGAAGACCAACAGCAAUUCCACCACCACCACCUAUUGAUAAUAAUAAAUGUAUUAAAACAUUACAUCGUUGUGUGACAGAACCUUCUGAUUCAAAAAAUUCAUCUGAAUUUUUACAUACUCCAGCUGUUACAAUGGGUGCGUGUUUUGUUAAUAUAUUUCAUGAUUGUGGAUAUAAAAUUCAUUGUACUGCAUCAUGGAUUAAUCCUCAAACAAAAAAAAAGUUAUUACUUAUAGGAGCAGAAGAAGGAAUAUUUUCAUUAGAUUUUGAUGAAUUACAUGAAAAUUCAUUAAAACUUCUUCAUAAAAAAAGAUGUGUCUGGUUAUAUGUUAUUAAUGGUGUUUUAAUGGCGUUACAAGGAAAGACACCUUAUAUUUAUCGUCAUGAUUUAAUUUCAUUAACUCAAAAAAAUAUAGCACAUAAAUUAAGUAAAACUGUAAAUAGAAUACCUGAGAAAUUUUUGCCAAAAGCUUUGGCUGUUACGGUAAAACUUGUAGAAACAAAAGAUUGUCUACAAUGUAUCAUUGAUAAAAGUCCUUUUGGAAUGGAAAAUACAUAUUUAUGUUGUGUGAUACCAAACGCCUUAUUAUUGUAUCAAUGGUAUGAUCCAUAUAAGAAGUUUUUAAUGUUAAAGAAAAUUGAUGUUAAAAAAUUUCCUUUUUUACCACUAAAACCUUUUCAAUUUUUAUAUGGAUCAACAGCUGUUGAUUCUGACUUUCCAAAAAUUUGUAUUGGUGUAUAUAGAUCUAAAGAGACUAAUCAAUUUUUUUUACAUACGGGAGAUUUUAAUGAUUAUAAUGAAAACACAUCUGAUACAUCUUCUGUUAACGAUGACGAUGUUGAUUCUUCAUGUGAUUCUAACAGAAAUUCAACUUUAAUUCAUUCAUCUAAUAGAGCAACAUUAACACAAAAAAAUUUACUAGAAAUUAAUCCUUUUCAAUUAAGAACAAUGGAAAAAAUUGAAGUAAAAUCGAUGAAGCAAUUAGAUAGUGACACAAUUUUAUUAAGUUAUAACAACAAAGUACUUUUUAUAGAUAUGAAUGGUAAUUUAAAAAAAAGAGUACAGUCACCUAAUACAUUUAUAUUUACAUUUAAUGUUGAAGCAAUACUUGUUUUGCCUGAUUCAUUUUUAGCAUUUCAUCGUCAUGGUGUCGAAGGACGAUCAUGGAAAACAGGUGAUAUGACACAAGAUCUAUGUGAUCAUUCAAAAUUUUAUCAAUUAAUAGGAGUUGAUGAUAUGGUUGUAUUAAAAAUAAGACAGGUAAAAGCACCAACUAAUUCUGAUAGCGGAUAUUGUGAUUUGGCUAUUUUGACAGGACAUGUUUCAACAAUGUAA